AUGACAGCAUUGUCAGCAGCGCCAGCGGACACCUCAUCAACUGCUCCGGGUGCUCCUCCUCCUCCUCCUCCUCCGUCACCCUCAGGGCCAAUGCAACGCCGUUGGACACGGACGCGAAUGCGGCCGGAGGGCGAGGGUACAUCCACGGGGCACCCUGUACACCUCUGCCCUCCUCCUCCCCGUCGAAGCCUCGCUGGGUGGAGAUGAAGUAUCAUGUACCGGCAGCCUUGCACGACAGGUGUUCGCGUAUAUGUCUUUUAGGCUUUUCCUUCCAAUGUGUCGAUCUGAGUCGGGAGCGUUUGGAGUAAUUGAUUUCGGGUAGGAAAAGUGUUUUUGUUUUGAGUUUUCGGGUGACGUCGUGCCCUCGUGAUGGCAACUGCUAGGCAGGGCGUUUCGAUGCGUCCACGUGGCCCUUUCAUUCAAAGCUGGAGACACAAUGAGGGACGCGACUCUGGACGCGAACUAAAGAAAAUUGAAUGGGCCGCCUCCUGAGCUACUGUAAGCAGGGAAGGCACGCCCUCCUUUCUCGCUCGACCCUCCCCUCCGACGACGGAGGCGAGGCGGCUCGCCUCUGUCUCCCCCUUCUCUCCACGACCAUUUCCCAGAUCCGAAAGCGAUCGACUUGGCUCCCCCGUCCUCCUGCCGAGAAAUCGAGUCCCGACGGCGUUGUCACCGUUCCAGCUUGAACGGCCGGGCGAUUUCAGAUAGCUUGGAAAAGGUUGGUGUCUUGGACUGGGGGGAAAUAGUAUCUCGGUGGUUUGAUGGAAGAAAGCAUGAAUCGGAGCCUUAGGAGGCCAGCUCCGGGGAGCACAUUGACGAAGGAGACGGACGAGGAGCUCGCCCUCUUCAUCGAGAUGCGGAAACUGGAGAAGGAGCGAAGAGACCUUCGCCUGCACAGUACCGGCGAACUCGAUCCGCCGUUGGGAUCUAAACCUGGCAGUGCUCCCAAAUUCCGGAUUGGCGCUUCAGCACCUGCGCGCAAGGCGGGUAUUGAUGACUUCCUGAAUUCCAACAACGGAAAGAAUGACUAUGACUGGCUUCUUACACCACCAGGUACUCCACUUUUUCUGUCUUUGGAUACUGAUUCUAAAAGAUCUCCUACGAGAGAGAAUGGGAUUCCAAAAGCUCGUCCCACAGUGCUGAGAUCUCGGUUAGCAAAUGCUCCAAAUCCAUCAAGGAACCUGUUGGCAUCGAGGCAACCGCCAUCAUACUCUGUCUUGAACUCAUCUGCUGCGGCAACUCGCAGGCCAUCAUCGUCUGGUGGACCCACUCAUGGUGUAUCUAGACCUGCAACUCCAACUGGAAGCCCUGCAUUACCUGCUGUUUCAAAACCUGCCAGACCUUCCACUCCCACUUCUCGAGCUACUUUACCUUCAAGAUCAUCAGCUCCUCCGUCGCGAUCAUCAACACCUGUUAGAUCAUCUACACCAACGGCUAGGCCAUCUGUAUCAGCGGCCAACAAGCCUGCAUCAAGGUCAACUACGCCUACGAGGCGACCUUCUGCCCCAUCUACUGCACCUGUCAGUUCUGCUCCACCAAGAAGAUCAUCUUCUGUAACGAGGUCAGGUUCAACAAUAUCUAGAAGUUCGGCACCACCAUGUGGAAGCUCUCCGACCAUAAAACCUCGACCAUUGAAACCCUCAGAUAUUCCUGGUUUUUCUCUCGAUACACCCCCCAACUUAAGGACUUCACUGUCUGAGAGGCCCUCCUCAGCUUCUCGGGGUAGACCUGGAGGACCCAGCAGUCGAUCAUCAUCUGUUGAGCCUGGACCCAAUGUUCGACCAAGGAGGCAGUCUUGCUCUCCAUCCAGAGGAAGGGUCUCUAAUGGUAAUGCUCAUAAAGGCGGUUCUGUUCAAGCACCAAGCAAGCGGCAAGCACGUGACGGCGACAACUCGAACCCAGUUGUGCUUGGUAACAGGAUGGUUGAACGCACAGCGAACGUGAGAAGACUGGCACCCCCAAAGCAAGACAACCAACGACUGACCAAUGAUAACCUCUCCGGCAAAACUUGUGUUUCACCAGAUAGCACUGGCUUUGGGAGAUCACUAUCAAAACAAUCUUUGGAUAUGGCAUUCAGGCAUAUGGAUAUAAGGAGGAGUAUUCCCAACAGUCUGAGGCCAUUGAUGGCAAACAUUCCAGCAUCGUCUGUGUAUAGUGUCAGGUCAGGCUCCACAAGAAGCAGGACAGUGAGUGCUUCAGGCUCUCCUCUCACCACUAGCAGCACAACCAGUUCUGAACAAAGUGUCAAUAACAACAUGACCUGUCUUGGUCGAAAUGAAAUCGAAGACGAUCUUACCAGUGACAAGGGAGUCAGGUGCUCCUCUGCUCUCUCCAUUUCCAGAUGACUAAAUAGAAGAGUGAGCUCCAUCCCAAUUUAAGUAUGUGCGAUCUAGGUGGAUGCAUUAGUUUCCCUUAUGAAUUGUCAUCAGAAUAGCUACAAAAGGAGCCUCUUCUGGGAUUAUUGGAUGACACUACAUGUCAUCCUGUUUGAUCUGUGUCAGACUGCUUCUUGUUGGUAUUUACGGUUCAAUUUAACCAGUUGUUUCCAUAUUCAA